UAAUUACGUACUGUAACAUCUUUCACCCUUCUCUAAUCCCAAAAAUACCCCAAUCACUAACGUUUUAACACAACAUAUAAAAACAAACCCUUCUCAGCUUUUCUCUGUUCGCCACCAACCCAAUCCAACCGAAACCAGCCCAUUCCCACCCUUCCAUUCCCACCAGCAGCCAUCGAUGGCGACGGCAGCGGCGUCACGGCGGCUUCGGGAUCUGCAGUCCCAACCAGCAAACAAGAUCUGCGUAGACUGCUCCCAGAAGAACCCGCAGUGGGCCUCCGUCUCCUACGGCGUCUUCAUGUGCCUCGAGUGCUCCGGCAAGCACCGCGGCCUCGGCGUGCACAUCUCCUUCGUCCGAUCCGUCACCAUGGACGCAUGGUCCGAAAUCCAGCUCAAGAAAAUGGAAGCUGGCGGCAACAAUAACCUCAACUCCUUCCUCGCCUCUUAUUCUGUUCCCAAGGAAACUGAUAUAGUUAAGAAGUACAACACCAAAGCCGCCGCUAUCUACCGUGAUCGCAUCGCCGCAAUUGCCGAAGGGCGGCCGUGGCGCGAUCCGCCUGUUCAGAGGGAGGAUCUCGCCGGAGGAUUCGCUACUGGAAAGGGAAAGCCUCCGAUGAACGGCGGUGGAGGAGGAAACAAGCGGAAUGACGGCGAUUGGGAGGAUUGGGGAACCGAUGACGGUUUCGGCGGGGAUUUGCGACGGAAUCAGUCUGCUGGCGAUGUGAGAAGUGUUGGCGAGGAAGAUGGCGGAGAAUGAGUCGCGGCCGGAGGGGCUUCCGCCGUCGAAGGGAGGGAAAUACGUCGGUUUUGGAUCGAGUCCUGGGCCCAUGGCGGCGCAGAGGAUCAAUCAGCAAAACGACUAUUUCUCCGUCGUUUCGCAGGGGUUUGGUAAAUUAUCGUUGGCGGCUCAGACUGCUGCUUCUAAGGUCAAAGAGGGUGGUUAUGAUCAAAAAGUCAAUGAUGUCACUCAGAAGACAUGGGGUAUAAUGAAAGGUGUCAUAGCUAUGGCUUCAGAGAAGGUAGAAGAGUACACCAGAGAUGGCUCAAAUGGAAUGAACAAUAAUUGGCAACAAAAUGAGAGUGGCAGGAAUGGUUACCAUCAGGAUUUCAAUCAACAGAACCAGGGAUGGAAUUCUUCUACCAGAACUGAACAAUCCUCUUCUAAGCAAUUUAACACCCACAGCUCAAGUUCUUGGGAUGAUUGGAACAAUAAAGGUAGUAGGAACGGAAAACCAGCAAAUGGAUCAACAACUCAAAAUUCAAGCUCUUGGGAUGAUUGGGGGCACAAAGGUUCCAGGAAGGAAGAACCAGUGAGAGGAUCGGCGACAAAUAACGACGAUGGAUGGGCUGGCUGGGAUGAUGACAAAGAUGAUGGAUUUGAUCAUUCUUAUUAUGAAGGUGGAUCUAAAGAUAAGAAAGGUGUUACUAACUAUGGGAAAUCCGAUGGUGGCUGGACAGGGGCAGGCUUUGCCUAAGACAAGGUUUGAUCCAUUGUUAUUGCCACAUCGAGCAUUUUCCAAAAAUUGAAAAAAAGAAGAUUUGGUAGCAUUAGGCUGAUGACAUGCAGGCCGAACAGAGAGAUACUACUAUAUACAUUAUGUAUGUGAUCCAAAUAUAAGCUAUUCUGUUGAGGUUAUUAUAUUAUUAAGCCUUUUUCCCA